AUGAGUUCUUCCCAACUACUACUAUUCUUGGUCAUAUUCAUUGGCUCAACAAUUUCUGAAUUGGUGUUCACACCUUAUAAGUCUGCCGAGCAGUACAAAUGCGGAUCUUUCAUGGAAGACAGGAAUGGCAGAAAGGCAGAUGCCGUCCUUAGCUUCUACUACAACACAAUCGACCAGUUCAUCACUCUCAUCUCUUCGCCAUUUCCCCAUCAAGGUUAGUGCUUCCUACACUCAAAAGAUCUCUCUUUUUUUUGUGUUUCGAAAUCGUUUCUCGCUUACAUUUCAUUUCGCAUUAGUACCGCGAACCAAAUCGAGAAGAAAAAGAGACGCGAAAGUGGAUCAUGAACAAAAACUAGCCAGGAUUAGCCCCUCCGAGAGAUGUUCCGCUUGGAUUCUCCCCCAAUUUUUGUUUGAUACAGUAGACAAAAAAGUGAGAAGUUGACGCUCCCGGUCUGCUGAACUAGGAUGCAAAACCUCCCCAAGGGCGUAUUUAUUUGAUGAACUCGUCUUCGGAAGAGGAACGGAUGAUCGAUGCAAUUGUGUCGUUUGCGUUCUGGAUUCAAAUGCUCUUUCUGCUAGACUUUUUGUACACGAUUUAUGUACAAAUGAGGUAAUCCGCCGUCGUGUCUGCGUCGAUUAGUAUCUUCGCGAAUCAACUCAGCAAACACUUGAGACAAACCCAAAAGCGCCUUGGCGCUCUCCUUCAACCACCAGCCACCCAAACAUUCCGUAAAUUUUCGAUUCAUUACACGCAAAUGAAUAAUAAAUAUAGCAAAAAACUCUAUCCGGGAAUGUGAUUUCUUAUUCCACACCUCCGUGGCGAAAAAAAACGCGGGGUGAAUGUAAUGCAAUAUGUACUUGACCACACCGUCAACCACCCAAAAAUUCUCGCCGGCCCGAUAUAUUCCGGUUUUGACACUGACAUUGACACAUUUUUGUGUUGUAUUGGGGCAAAUUGCGUCGACACUCAACCUAACAAUUGGCGAAUUUCAAGUGCGAACGAUUACAUUGGCAACAGAACACAAAAACCAAUUACUAACGGGACCGAAUUAAAACAGUGCUCUUCAAUUCAAUUUUCAGAUUUGCUGAGCAACGACGCCCUCACUGGCGAUCUCAACGAACUUCAAUUGUCUGUGGAGAAGAAGUACUGGCAGGUCGGUGAGAUUCCCAUCGGAGGGUUGAAGCGUCUUUUGUCUUAUUGCUUACUCUCGUGAUUCUCUUUCUUGUGCUCCCCCGCGCGCGUACCUAAAUCCUUCUGACCAACACGCUUAACGUAAGUGACCCGUACACUAACUGCGUUCUUUCGAAACUUGAUUACGAACCGCGCCAAAGUUUGUAUGCAUAUGAUAAUAGGAUUUGGAAUGAAGGAAGACGGAAUUCCUCUUCGUCGCUCGGAAAUGGAAUUAUGUUCAGUGUUGGCCAGAGGAGGAAGAACUUGACGAACGGGACACAUCGUCCGAGGCAAUAAAAGGAAGGGGGUUUAUGAAUAUAUCACCUUAUUGGUGCUUGAUGAACCGUUCGCCGCAAUCGGGUUUUCAAAGUUUGGGUUGUAAGAGGAGACCAUUCAUUUUUAUGGCGCAUUAGGCACGUAUGAAUGUUAAAUGUUGAAUGCAACGAUGACCGAAUGCCGGAAUUUGAAGAAAAUAUCCGCGAAUCCCGGAAUUUGUUACAAAGUGCAAGUGAAUGGUCAAUUCCCUGCACACAUUCCGUUUAUUUGAUCAUUUAACCCAGACCUUGUGCUGGUGGUCACCGCACAAACCAAUGAAUCAUUCAUUAGAUUCUAUUGGCUUUCCAGUCGGAUGAAUCAUGAGCGCACCGUGAAAGAAAGAGCCCCGUCUUCCUGUAAAAACAUGUGUGGAGGGAUUGUCGCAAAAGCAAACAAUAGCUGCUGUGCUCGGAACUGGAAUGCGUGGUGGUCACUUGCGGGCGUGUAUAGCUCUUUUCUUCCCAUCAUGCCGCUAAGCGUUCUGCUAUUCAAUCGCGACAAAGUAUCGGAUUACGCAUGUUUCGCAAAAUCUAAGAUUCAUGCGUGAGCGCGGCGUUAAGGGAAUUGAAUUGUUGAAGUGGCGGGGAAAAGUACGAUAGGAACUAUAGUGCUCCUUUAUCUAAUUCUCAUGUCAUCUCCAUCCUCCAUUCGUCAGUCAAGCAGGAAACGUGCCUGCCUGCUACAUGCUUUUGAAAAAGAUGACAUUAAACCUGUAUCUCUUUGCCCAUCUGUGCCUAACCAAAAAAAGAGGGAGAUCUUAUCGACACAUGUCGCCGGUUGUGUUUUAUCGGAGCAGUUGAGUUUUAACAAAAAAGGAAACGAAAUGUUUGCAUUUUACACAAUGUGCGACGAUCUCGGCGAAUUUAUUUAGGUUUAGGUAGCCGGCGAGCACGAGAAAGGGAAAAGCAAAGAAACUAUUUUGUUGACGAGUGGAGAGCACUUUUCAACAAGCCGAAAGUGGAGAAAUUGUUAAUGAUUAACCUUUUUUCAGUGGAUCGAGUGGCAAAAAGGAUGGAUCGUCUUGUCUGCCGGACUCGUCGCAAUCAGUCUUCUUUUUGUGGUCUUUUAUGUAUUUUACAAGUGAGCAUGAUGGAUGAGAACGGACAAAAACAUGAACAAUUCAGAAUGUGCGUUUGCAUCUGCUCGCGGUCCUCAAAAAAACAGAACACAGAUGCGAGAUAUGAUGGCUGCAAACGUAGUUUGUGCAAUCUCCUUCUUUUUGGACUUGUCAGCGCGAAUGCGUAAGAAAUAAUAUCAUAAACAGUAAAAGUUGAACCUAGGAAACAUUUUUUAGAUUUGUGGCCUUCACACUGCUUAUGACCAGCCAAUAUGCUCAAAUCGGCUUGGACAAACUCCCGAACAGAAUGAAUCAAUGCAUUGACGAUCUACAAGUCUACAAGAGGGACAGUGACAUGGUCUCGUUCUUUCAAUUGGUUUCAAAAUUUCAAAGAAUCUAUUUCAGAGAAUCCGAAAACUUCUCAUCGAAGACUACCAGGUACUCAAUACAACUAUCACAAAACAAUUGGCUUCAGCUGGACACAAUGUGGUGGAUCGUGUCAAGAAAUUGACUGGUGCACAUGUCAUUGACGUUUUCAUGAACGUUAGCAAUGGUUGGAAAGCGUGUUUUUCAAGAUUCUCAUUAACUUUUUUGUUUAGUUGCCAAAGAGAUGCACGAUGGUUUGGAAUCUGUCCACGGAAAAGUGAAAUUCUUGAACGAAGAAGGAUCUAGAUUCGAGGUACUGUGCACUUCUGCAAUUCUCAGGAGGAUUAACCGCAUUAUAGGCCGAGUUCUCACGAUUACGGAACACUGCUAAUGAAGAGCUCGUCAAGUGCCUCGAGAAUGAGCUGGAGCCCGUGCGGAGUAUGUGCGCGAAAGCGGAACGGCUUCUCGAGAGUCUCGCCGUCACUCAAUUCAAAAUUGACCCUGUUAGUCACUUCAGUCCAAGGGACCGCUCAAACUCUUUCUAUUCAGAAGUUCCUUCCGGUCGCUACAGAGAACGGAUUGUCGGAAAUUGUGAAUGCCAACAUCUCGCAAGUUCUCGCCGCGUCAAAUGCUCAGUUCGAGCAAUUGGAGAACAGAAUUCAGCACGAAAUUGACAAAGAAACACAUUGUGAGAGCAAAAUCAAAGGGGAUGGCUGAAAAUUAAUAAUAUAUUCAGCUGCACACAACAUGUUGAAGCAAAUUGGUGACGACCUGUUUCUUGUUGCGGAGACUAUUUCAACACAAUUGAGAAAAGUCAACUUCGAGGGACUCUACAGCUCUAUUGCCGCUGUUUCGGACCCAAAAAAGACACCCACAAUGAAGUUCAUUCAGUACAGGUCAGUUUCUAGCAGUGCAUCUUCUCAGAUUUCAAAAUUGCAUUUUCAGCUGGUACGUGUCUCUUGUGGUCACCAGUCUAUUCAUCUUGCUGGCUCUCAUCUUCCUGUUUGGUGUGCUUUAUGGAAUUUGUGGAAGACGACCCACGUAUUACAACGAUGACUGUUGUGUCAGAAGCACCGGCGGAAAGUUCUAUUCAUUGUGAGUUCCACCAGUUUCGCAUGUUCCAAUAACGGUUUUUUUAGUGGCAUAUGGGUAUUUCUGCUGAUAUUCGUUUUCUUGGCUGCUGGAACUGCUGUCCUCAUGUUUUCGGUUGGAAACUUCUCCAGUUUGGUUUGUCAGCCACUGAGAAACCCCUUGAGUCAUCCGGAUUCUCUAUCGGUUAGCUCAUCUUUGUCAAACUUGAACUUUUCAUCUUUUUUAGCUUGCCGAAAGAUAUAUCGACAUUUGGAAGACUAGUCACCCUCCAGAGAACGACAUCGAGGUCACUUUGCAGACAAAGGGACCGGCGGAAAUCAUCCGAGCAUGCUCUAGAAAUGAGACAUUGUACAAUCUUUAUGAUUUCGACAAAAAAUAUCAUCUCAAUCAGUUACAGGUAGAGAAAAAUAAGGGAAACUGAACUUCACAUUUAAAUCUUCAGGAUUUUGAAAAGGAAUCGUACAACCAGCUCCAAAUCUUCUUGAGGACCACAAUGGAGAACAUGCCAGAAAUCCGUCCCCUAGAUGCAUUCAUUUCCAGGAGUGAAUUGCAUGAUUUGGAAAAACUGGCAGUUGUGAAUGUAUCAAAAGUCAGUCAGCAGGGACUGAACGCGGUAAGCCAGAUAAUCAGAAUGCAUAGUUUGAGAUACACAGUUUUUAGAUCAAACAUGCUAUGGAUGAACUUGAUUUGGUGUCGAAAACCAGAGAGUUCGAAGAGUCAUUGGAUGCAAACGCUGGCAAACCAAAAGCCGUCACUCUUGUUUUGGAACAGAUUCGAGAGUUAGAGGCGCAGUUUGCAAAGCCUUUGAGGAGCAGAUUAGAUGUUCUAUACUCUAACAUCACGCAAUUGGAUCAGAAGUGAGUUCUAAAAACAUUGAAAGUUAUUCUGACUUGUUUUUUUCCCAGAUUGUCUCAAUUGCAAGUCCCGGUCUCUUCCCUUUUAGUAAAACUGCAACAUGCGCAAGCUCUGCUGGCUGAGAACAUGAAAGAACAUUUCGGACGUGCUGCAAAGGAAGAGUUCCAGCAAAUGGUUGACCACAUAGAUCAAUACAUUUCACACGUGAAGCAUCAGGUAAAAUUUGAAGUUUAAUGGCUGCUCAAUCCUCAAGUCUGUUUAGAUGGAAAGUGACGUCACAUCUUGUCAACCAUUGACUCAAAUUGCCAGACAAACAACGUCUGCAAUUUGUUCUUACACCAUUGAUCCCUAUGUACGUUUACAACAAACAACAUAAUUAAAAAGUCUGGAAUUCAUUUUCAGAACGGAACGUGGAUGUGCAUGCUCAUCUGCUUGGCGUUGUUGGUGCCAAUCGUUGUCAUUUCCAACUCGCUGAUCAGUCUCUACUCGAAAAUGCACGCGUUUCCAAAAUAGUGAGUUUCACGCCCAGCCUAACGUUUUUUUUUUCAAAUUUAAAUUUCAGUAUUGUGGAGCCACCGUCUGAAACGCAUCACAUGUCGUCAUUCAUAACAGAUACCUAUGACACGAGGCCUAAACCGUAAGAAGAUAAUAUUUGUUACAGAAAUAAUGUAAUUUUUCAGAGGAUAUGCAAACUAUACGUACACAGACGAUUACCAAAGGACGUAUCGAUGA